AUGGCAACCAGAAUCCAAUUGGUCGCCCGUCAUGGACUGUUUUUACUAGCUCUAUUUCUGUUCCUAAUUGGAUCGGCAAAUGCGGACAACCCAAUUGUACAAACCGAGUACACGGCUGAUCCGGCUCCCGUCAUCUACAAAGACAGACUUUACCUUUUCACAGGACAUGAUGAAGACAAGUCUACAACUUACGACAUGCGCAACUGGCUCCUAUUUUCCACGGUCGACAUGGCAAAUUGGCAGCAUCACGGUUCGCCUGCAAGUCUGUCCACAUUCAGCUGGGCGGAUAAAAACGCGUGGGCAGGUCAAGUCAUCAAUCGCAACAACAAAUUCUAUUACUACGUGCCAAUUCGGAACAAGAACACUGGGGGUAUGGCUAUUGGUGUCGGCAUCAGCGAUAACAUAGAGGGACCGUACAAGGACGCGCUCGGAAAGCCGCUUGUCGAGAACGGGCAGAUCGAUCCGACGGUCUACAUCGACGACAACGGCCAGGCUUACCUUUAUUGGGGUAAUCCAGACCUACAGUACGUCCUGCUGAACGAGGACAUGUUAUCUUACAAGGGCGGUAUCAACAAGGUGAACCUCACACCCGCAGGGUUUGGCUCUCGCACCGGCGUACAAGGACGGCCCACCACGUUUGAGGAAGGUCCGUGGAUCUACAAACGACAGAACCUGUGGUACAUGGUUUAUGCAGCCAACUGCUGCUCUGAGGAUAUCCGCUACUCCACAGGCACCAGUGCGACAGGACCGUGGACUUAUCGAGGCGUCAUCAUGCCAAGUCAAGGCGCCAGCUUCACGAACCACCCGGGCCUAAUCAACUACGGCGGCAAAGAUUACUUCUUCUAUCACAACGGCGCCCUCCCCGGUGGCAGCGGGUAUACCCGCUCCGUAGCCGUAGAAGAAUUCACUUACACCUCGAAUGGCAGCAUCCCUCAGAUUCCAAUGACUACUGGAGGCCCUAAGCAGCUGAAAUACCUGAACCCAUACAACCGUACCGAAGCAGAGACCAUGGCGGCAUCUUCGGGAAUCGAAGUCGAAGUUUGUAGCGAGGGCGGCAUGAAUGUGGGCUUCAUUGAAAAUGGCGACUUCGUCAAAGUCAAAGGCGUUGACUUCGGAAGCGGUGCAUCCAGCUUUUCAGCCAGAGUCUCUUCCGGUGGCAGCGGCGGGACCCUCGAGGUGCGCGCAGACAAGAAAGAUGGUACUUUGCUAGCCACUUGCACGGUCGCUGUGACAGGAGGUUGGCAGACAUGGACAACAGUACAGUGUCCGGUCAGUGGGGCCUCGGGGGUACAUGACAUUUUCAUGGUGUUCAAGGGCGGAUCGGGUAACCUUUUCAACUUUAAUUGGUGGCAAUUCACGCCGAAGACUACUUAG